CGGCCGUCUACAUAAGAACUCGCCGCCUCCGACCUUUCUGCAAACCACUGCACCGCACACCACCUGCUCGAUCAAAUUACCCAGCGCUCGAACAACGCCGCUAGCCUGCGGCCGCCUCCGCCCCUGCCGAUGAGCUUCCUCGCCGGGCGCCUCGCCGCCCAGGAAGGCGCCUACUUCCUCCAGGAGUCCAAGCUCGCUGCCGGCCGCCUCGCGGCGAAGCUCCCCGCGUCCGCUCGCGGGCCCAGGCCGGCGUCCCCGCCUCCUUCGCCCGACGUGCUCCCGGAGAUCCUCCGCCACUCCGUGCCCAUCAGGCCGACGCCGCCUCCGGCCGACCCCACUCUCUACGGCUCCACCCGCUGGGCCCUCCCACAGGGCGGCGCCGAGGCUGCCGGCGUGUCCCCCGACGUGAUGAACCCGCUCCGCUCGUACGUCGCGCUGCCGCAGGCCACCUUCGGCCCCAAAAGAUGGGAACUUCCAACUGAGCAGCCUUACUACUCGGCGGCAACCGCCAAUGAGCGGCGACGUGAUAUGCAUCCUCCUCCCAUGGACCCUGAGAAGUUGAAGGCUGUAAUUGAUGGAUACUCACAGGUUGGAAAGGCAUUUCUUGCUGGGACUGUUUUGGUGUUUGGAGGAGCAACAGCUGUGCUGUUGUACACGGCAAAUAAGCUACAGUUGCAUUCAGUAGACGGUGUCAAAGCUAAAGGAAAAGACGCAGUGCAACCACAUGCCGAUAUGAUCAAAGAACAAAUAGCUCCACUAAGGAAAUGGGCUGAAGACACGUCCCGAAAAUGGCAUUACGAAGCCGAUAGAGAGUCAGGGGAGAAGUCUGUCCUUGUUAGAGAGCUUUCAAGAGCACUCGGUGCUAAGACGCGUCCGACGGAUUGAUCAAUACUGCUGGCAACUGGUUGUUGUUGUUGUUGUAACCUGUAAGUCCACCAUUGUGAAGCUCCUCACUUGUUUUACGUGCUUACCUUGUUUACAUGUGCAAGACACCAAGACUACAAGGAAUCAAAUCAAUGUACAUAUGUUACCCCUAUAUAUAUAUUGUUAUUGUUGUUGUUGU